UUUUUAGGAACAACUCUGCUUUUCUGUAUGACUGCUGCACAAAAUGAUGAUAGAGACUAAGUGGAAGGAGGGGAGAGAAAAAAAAAGUAAGAGAUGAGAGGUAGAAAUCAAUAUCAGAGAGAAGGCAGGCAGGGGAUAAGAAUGAAAGCGUAAUAGUAGCAAAGAGAGAGAAGGAGAAAUAAAGUAACGGGAAGUUAGGUAAUGGUCUUCCACAGGAAAUGGAGUUUGUAGGGGCGGAUUGGCUCGGCUUUGAAAUACAUAGAUAAAGGUCGCCACAGAGAGAGGGAAAGAGAGACCAAGAGAGAGAGAAAAGAGAGAGAGAGAGAGAAAAAAAGAAAGGGAGGGUUUCAGUAUGCGAGCGAAGAAGGAAUUCCCCCGCCUCUACUGCCCUGGCCAAGGAGGAGUGUGUGUGUGAGAGAGUGUAUGUGCAUGCAGAAAGGCUUGUCUGGGCAAAUUGCAAAGUGCUCCUCACUAUUUCCAUACUGUGUUGUGAGCCUACAUUGUGUUUACCCUACAAUAUGGCCUCCUGUUUUCUAUAUGCGCCUGGUAAGGAUGCAGGCCUUGUGUAAUAGUCUGUGGAAUAAGUUGGGCAAGUGCCGAAGUCGCGCAACAAAGACAAGACAGGAUGAGAGAGAGAAGCCCCGGCAGAAGAGGAAAAUAGAGAGAAUAGAAAGGAGGGGGAAGAAGAAAAAUAAGAGACUGAGCAAGAGAGGAACGCCAAAGAGAAUCUCUGGGAUAAAUAAAUAACAAGACUUGUUUGGAGAAAAGGCAAGCUAGAUGAAAAGAUGAAGCCGAUAAAAAAGCAGCGGCGCUCUCCUCCCUCCACCCGGGCCAAAGGGGGGAAGCGUCGCGGAGCGGGGGAUGCCCCAGAAGGAGGGGAGAAGAGAGACUCAGAUGAGAACAGAGACAGAAGCAGAUCCCCACUAAACCGAACACCCUCCUCUUCAUUUUCUUCUAAUUCACAUUCAGAGUCCUCCCAGGUGGAACCAAUCAGAGCACGGGACACUUCAGAGGUGGAGGGGCUUCACAGAGAAGGACUGUCAGAAAGAACGGUAUCACUUGUGAUGGAUUCUGGGAAAUUUUUGGAUGAUAGACCAGGGAGGUUAGCGGUGAGCGGCAGCAGCCAGAGUGACAGUGGUGGUAGCAGUUGUAGUAACAGUAGUACACCAAGCGCCAACAACAGCCCAAACCCCGCCUCCAGCCGAAAAACAGCCACCUUCAAGGCCCGUGUUCCCAAAAAGAAGUACACCUCUGAACACUGCAUGUCUGCUACUGGUAACCAUAGCAAUCCUUCCUCCAGCACGCCCCCUCCUCUACCUCUUGGUGGUGGGGUCAUCAACCACGGGUCAACAGGUUCAGGAAGUGACAUCUAUGUCUUGCACCCUGAUGGCAACAGUCAGAGCAGGAGCCUGAUGGACGACUUCCACAGCAGGACCACUGGCAGGGAAGGGCCUCAGAAUGGCUCCUCAGGACCCCCUACCCUGUCAUUGGGAGGGGACAGGGAAAGGCCUGGAGGGGGUGAAGGGGUGAGAGAUGCAGAGGGAGUGUUGCCCAGUCCCCUGCCCCGCUGCUCCUCAACAGACACCGCCAGCGAGCACUCAGCUGACCUAGAGGUUGUCGGCGACCCACACACCCUCACACAGAUGUCUACACAUGCACCGCCCAGUCUCCCAGAUGCCCUGUCUGAUGCCCUCGCCAAAGGGCUGAAAAACCAGCGUGUCCUUGCCCGCCAGCUCAGGAGAAGAAGUGACGAGGAGGGAGGUGGCGAAAGGAGGGAUGAAGGGGGGAUUUCAGAGUUGGUGUUCCGGACUGGAGUCGUCCGCAAGGUUAGCGGUGAUUUUGGAAGCCUGGAGGUGCAGCUAAAUGGUGAGAAGACGCUGUGCCGUUACCCGUAUCGACAUGACAGCCCCCCAGGGGUGGUGGACAUUAUCCUAGAUGCCCCACCUCCUGGUGUCCAUCCAAUAGCUAUUGGCACCCGUGUCUGUGUACCAUUUGGUAAUGAGGAGGGCAGCGAAGGCCAGUGGUAUCGACAAGGUGUGGUGACUCAGGUGGACACACAUCCUGCAGUGGCCAACCGCUACCGCGUCCUUCUGUCUGAGGAAAGACAGGAAGUGGACGAGGAAGAGGAUGGCAGAGGGACAGCUGCUGGUACCCAGGCAGUGUGGGUCUCCCGACAAACACUCCGGCUUCUGGUGCCACCUUGGGACCUGGAUCUGCCAUCUGGAGGAGGACGAGAUGGAGAAGAUAGAGUGAGAGACAAGGAAAGGGAGCGGGAGGAUAGGGAGGAGAUAGACGUGGAGCAAGAGGUGUGUCGUUUGAGCUGUGGGAUGACACCCAGCGUGGGGACAGUGUUGGGGAGAGGAAUCCCCUACCCAGGCAUGGUUCCUGUUUCCUCCACCUCAGGACAAAAUAUUACCUCCCCAGUAACACCAGCGUCAGUCCUCAGCCUGGCCCCAGGCCGAGAGUGGGAAAUUGAGAAAGACUUAGAGAGGGAGAGGGACCUCCAGAGAAUACAGGAAAGAGAGAGGGAAAGAGAGCGAGAACGGGAGAACAGUGCAAUGCAGCAGCACCAACAACAACAACAACAACAACAGCAGCAGCAACACCACCAGUACAUGCCACUCACCCCCGAAGAAGACAUGGAGGUGUCUCACUUUAAUAUGCUCCCAGUGGGGGCGAUCAUACCUGGGGCAAAACCAAUGGCACUUUCCCAACAUCGCCACAUUGUCUCCAAGCCCCCGCCUGGCUACCUCAAUCCCCACUUGUCUGUGGUGCGGGGCAUCGGGAUCCCCGGGAUACCCCCUACCCACCUGGCCUUGAAACCCCAUCCCCCCCCUUCACCUGUUCUUUUAAGCCUUGACCCAGCAACCGCAGCAGCCGCAGCAGCUGGUGCUGUCAUUACCACCUCUCAGCUCCCUCCUCUCCCGCCCAUCUCCUCUUCUACCGCAUCCUCCUCCAGAGUAGAGAAGGCCUCAGGAGGAGGUUCUUCCAGUGGAGGAGCAGGUGGUGGCGGUGGAUCCGGAUCAGGUUCAACCUCCUCCUCCUCGUCACGUUCCCGCACCCCACUGACAGCUGCCCAGCAAAAGUACAAGAAGGGAGAUGUAGUGUGCACGCCAACAGGCAUCCGUAAGAAGUUUAAUGGAAAGCAGUGGAGGAGGCUGUGCUCCAGGGAGGGCUGCUCUAAAGAGUCCCAGCGCAGAGGAUACUGCUCCAGACACCUCUCAAUGAGGACCAAGGAGAUGGAAGCCAGUGGAGGCAGCCGAGAGCGGGGCGGAGCCAGCAGCACAGGGACCCUGACGCCGUCUGACCUCCGACUGAGUGGUGGGAGAGCUAGCUCAGAGUUUGACUGGGAUGAGACGUCACGUGAAAGCAGUGAGGCCAGCAGCCGUGGAGGAGACUCCCGCCCCCGCCUGGUCCUUCCCUCUCUGCUCCCCCAGGACCUCUCUCGUUUCGACUUUGAUGAGUGUGAGGCAGCGACCAUGCUGGUCUCCCUGGGGAGCUCCCGCUCAGGCACACCCUCAUACUCCCCUAUCUCCAACCAGUCGCCCUUCUCCCCUACCCCAUCACCCUCACCCUCUCCGCUCUUUGGCUUUCGUCCUACCAAUUUCAGCCCCAUCACUGCUCCUGCUUCACUUACUCCACGCCGCCAUCGCCAGCUUAGCGGCACUAAGAUGGGUACACCAGGUGUUGAGCGAGAGCGCCACCUGUCGGGGAUUGUGCCCACUUUUCAGACCAAUCUCACUUUCACAGUCCCCAUGAGCCCAAGCAAGAGGAAGCUCGACAAUCACCCGCCCCCUCCACUGCCUGCAAUCCAGGACUACCAGACCAAACCUGAGCAACAGCAGCUGGUGAGCAUAGGGGGAGGGUUGGUGGGAGACCCAAACCUGGGCCACAAUAAUGCCGCCUUCAGAGUCCUCUCCCCCCAGAGCCAGCCCACAACGCCCUCCUCACUUUCCUUCCCCCGGCCUCGUAGCGCCACCAGCAGGCCACCAUCCUCUGCUGCUUCCACGCCUCCACCCAUGCUGGUCUCUCCCACUCCUCCCUCCCCGUUGCCCCAAGAACCCUCCCCACGCCGUAUUGUGCCCUUACGUGAUUCCCCAGUCAUUGUCCGCAACCCAGAUGUCCCUCUGGCCAAGUUCUCUGAUGGUCCGUUAGGGAGGAGAGAGAGGAGCAGGUCCAGAGAGCACAGUCAGCCCCAACACACAGCUCCCCCAGGUCUGCAGGUCCCUGUCCCCAUCAACGGGGCCACCACCAACGGUGCAGUUCUCUUGCGCAACCCCACAUCCACACUUGUCCUGGUCACCUCCAACUCGUCACUGACCCCAGCCACGGUGGGCCAUGCUGCAUUGUCCAGCCCCUCCAUGGUGCCCACUUCAUCGGGCUCAAUCCUGUCCUCCUCUGGUUCUGGAGGCAGGGAGCGUGAGAGGAAACCUGAGGGACACCAGGAUGCCUCCGGAGGGGGGCUGCCUCAGCCAGUAGCCUGUCACCCCACGCCGACUGCCCUGCUGCCGCUCAUACUGCCAGCUGAGUCGCCCCACCCUGCUCCACGCAAGCAAAUCAUCAUGGGACGGCCAGGGACUGUUUGGACCAACGUGGAGCCUCGGUCGGUGCCAGUGUUCCCUUGGCAUUCACUCGUCCCUUUCCUGGAGCCCAGCCAAUCAGGAGCGGCUGCCCAGCCUUCUGAUGGUCAACAGCUUGUCAAUCAAAGCAAAGAGCCCCUUUGCGGUGUGGCCCUGGUGAGCGACGGGCGGACCGGCCCUCCAGACUUAGAGAGGGGAUCGCCGUCAUGCCCUCCCCCGACUAAUGACAAUCCUCCUACAGACAGGGGAGGGGCUGACAGCGAGACAGAGAGCGAUAUAGAUGACCCGUUCUCCCCAGGGGUGGCCAACGAUCCAACGCCCUCCGAUGGCCCCAUGAAAAGACGCACACAGUCCCUCAGUGCCCUGCCCAAGGACGGAGACAGGAAGAGGGAGAAGGACCACAUCCGCCGACCCAUGAAUGCAUUCAUGAUCUUCAGUAAACGCCACCGGGCCCUGGUGCACCAGCGACAUCCCAACCAAGACAAUCGGACAGUGAGCAAGAUCCUGGGGGAGUGGUGGUACGCUCUAGGGCCCAACGAGAAGCAGCAGUACCACGAUCUGGCCUUCCAGGUGAAAGAGGCCCACUUCAGAGCGCACCCAGACUGGAAGUGGUGCAACAAGGACCGCAGGAAGACGCUGUCAGAGGGCCGCGGGACGCCAAAGGAGCCACGGGAGAGGAGCAUGUCAGAGAGCAUAGAUGCCCAUCCGGAGUCUCAGGUGCUGGAGGGGAAGGGAGGAAGCUCGGGCUGGCCAGGGGGAUCUGAGCGUCGAGGGGGGAUGUUUGUGGGGCAGCACCCCCGUCCCCGAGCUUUUUCCCAGAGUGCCGUGCACACCCUGGAGCAGAGGGAGAGAGAGAGAGACUUGGAGAAGGAGGACAGGGCGGGUUUGUUUCGCCACCGGCCCACGCCUCAGUCCCUGUACCAGGGCGGGGCCGGUGAGGACGUGACCAGCGACGAAGAGCGCAUGGUCAUCUGUGAGGAAGAGGGGGACGAUGAUGUCAUGGAGGAUUCCUGUCCUGAAGGCUCCAUUGACCUCAAGUGUAAAGAGAGAGUGACGGACAGCGAUGAGGACGAACCAGAUGGACAGCAUGGCUUCCAGCCAAUGACUCGCUCCUCUCUCCCUCCUUCCCCUCCCUCCAUCCCUCACUCCAACUCCACCUCAGCUAAAGGGAACGGAGUAGGAGGGGGUGGUGAAGAGGGGUCUGAGAGGAAGAAAAAGAGAGGUACAGAUGGAGGAGAGGAGGGGAGCGAGGGAAGAUCCAAGAGAGAAGAAACAGCAGGUAUAGGAGAAGAAGGCGGAGGAGUUGGUGUCUCCUCUCUGUCCAUCACAGGCUCAACAUCCAGCACCCAGGCUCCCCUCGUUUCGGCCCCGCAGGGUUUGACCGUCCGCGUGGCCCCUACUGUGGCGACUAAUGUAGUACGACCCAUCGUCUGCACGCCCGUCCCCAUCGCCAGCAAGCCAGUGGAAGGGGCCGUCACCCUCAGCUCUCUGCCUCAGGACAAGAAAGCCACUCUCCUGAUUGGAGGAGGCGGACCUCAGCAACUGCCAAUCACUGCAGGGGGUGGGUACCUGUCCUCCUCCUCCCCUGGUCCAGUCAGUGUAACCCCAGUGGGGGGCAGCGGUCUGGUCACUAGCCUAGUUCUGGGAGGGUCCUUUCCCACUGUCCAACCAGUGCAACUCCUCAACCCGCAACCGCACGCACAAACCCCCCUACCUGUCCUCCAGCCACAGCUCCACCCCACUGCCGCCAUCUCAUCUCUCACACCUCUCGGCUGCCCCAAGCCGCUAGCACAGGUCCAGUACGUCCUGCCUACUGAGAGCCCUUCCUCCCCUCAACUCACCCAGCAGCAAAUUCUCUCCCUGCCCUCCAAUGCCGCCCUGGCCAAUGGCGUGCACUCAGGGGCGGGAAUCAGAAUUGCAUCAGUCAGCCCCGGAACCAGAGUGAGAACAGGGUCCACUCCUCCUCAUCCUUCCAUUUCCCUAGUUGCGCCGCCUCUUCCUGUGCAGAACGGCCCCGCGACAGGAAACAAGAUCAUCCAGAUCGCUCCCAUGCCUGUGGUCCAGACCAAAGUUCAUCCUAGUGGCGCAGCAGCAGUGCAUCCUGGGAGCCCCUUUCCUGUUUCCGUGGCAACGGUGAUGGCUCCAGGUGUCGCGCCCCCACAGACCGUUCUUCUGACCUCCCCACCCACCAGGAUCACCUAUGUCCAGUCUGGCCCAGGAGUUACCACAGCAACGCCCCAACAGGCCACACCCGCUCCAGGCCCUGCGUAUCUCCCAUCAUCCCUGGCAACCCUGGGUUUCACCGCUAUUGCCCCGGCCGGGCAAAACCUGGUUCAGCCGAUUGUUGGUCCACCGCCACUGUUGGCUACAGCCCCGCCCCCGAGCUGUCAAUCACAGACCCCUCCGGGUCAGGCCUCGGGAACGGCUGGUCGUCAGGUACUAACUGCCAUCUACCCUGCACCAACCGUCACUCUGCCCACUGGCGUGGUCUCUGUGACAACCUGUGACGAUGCACCGCCAGCAAUGGCCGCUCCAGCCCAGGACGCGAGGAACCCUCCCUCUCUGUCGGCGAUGGGGGUGCAGCGGUCAGCGGGUACAACCCCUCAGCCUAACGAAGCGGAGGAGGUGGAGCUUAAGGUGGAGGUGAAGAAGGAGAGCCUGACGGAUGGUCAGACUGAGGAAGGAGGGCAGGGGUGGUUGAACUGUGCUGCCAGCUCCUCGUUGGCCACCUGUUUGAUUAAUAUCACUGAAGUUAAAAAAGAGGAGGACGGCGGCCUGUACAUCAAAGAAGAAAACCUCCGAGAUGGAUACAGCAGAGAGAAAGGAAGCGACACGGACAGAGAGCAAGAGAGAGGGAACAAGGAGAACAGUGAAAGAAAGGGAGGCAGAGAGACACACAGAGAGGACCACAGCAUGGGCGACAGCAGCAAAGAGGCUGGACCUCGCACCCCUCCUCCACCACCCUCAGGUUUGGACCCCCCUCCCCCUCCUCCUGCGGAAAGAGAGCCCCCCUCUUCCUCAAAGAAGACCAAGUUCAGACCCCCACCGCUCAAAAAGACACCUGACUCUCUCGAAAAACAGCAGGAGAGUGGCGGGGAAGCCACAGAGAAGAGAAAGCCUUGGCAGAACUCAGCCCUAAGGGUCUUGUCGGAGACGUACUUUGAGGAGCGUUUUGCUGAGCUUCCAGAGUUUAACCCCGAGGAAGUCCUUCCUUCGCCCACUCUGCAGAGUCUGGCCACCUCACCAAGAGCCAUUCUAGGAAGCUACCGCAGGAAGAGACGUAACUCCUCCGAGCUGGAGCUGACAGCAGAAGAGCCAAGCUCCCCGAGGAGGAAGACCCGCUGUCUCUCCAGCUGCAGCUCGGAGCCCAACACCCCUAAGAGCGCCGCCAAGUGUGAGGGAGAAAUCUUCACCUUCGACAAAGCAGGUACAGAAGGAGAGGAUCUGCUUGGAGAUUUGGACCGGGUCCCCUACUCGUCUCUGCGUAGAACUCUGGAUCAGCGGCGGGCCCUGGUCAUGCAGCUGUUUCAGGAACAUGGCUUCUUUCCCUCAGCUCAAGCCACUGCUGCCUUCCAGGCACGCUACUCGGACACCUUCCCCACCAAGGUGUGUCUGCAGCUGAAGAUCCGCGAAGUCCGACAGAAGAUCAUGCAGACGGCCACGCCCGGAACCUUCGAGCCUGGAGUGUUAGGAGGGUUGGCUGAAGCCAACCCCGCCCCGUCCCACAGCUCCUCUUUCAAUCAAUCAGCCCGGGAGGACGGAGGGUUGGAGCAGCAAGGAGACAAAGGCCGGAGCCCUGAGGAGCCAAAAAGUGAAGGAUCAUAAGCUGGAGAGGAUGACAAAGUAGAAAAAUCAAAGAAAAGAAGAGAGAGAUGAUCCCCGCAGAAUGUUCUUGUAUGUGUUGAACCAGUACUGUGAAUAGCUCCAGAGGAUCUGUUCUACUGGCACUAAUUUCCACCAGACCUGGGCAGAAAUACAAAAAAAUAUGGUCCUAAAUAUUCAAACUACUCAAGGUGCGCUUGAUUCAUCUAAAUAGACUAUCAAAAAAAGCCUCAAAAGUAGACGACUCACUUUCAAGUCCUGAUGAGUCAAGUGCUUCUUGUAGUAUUGUGUUCCCUUUUUUUCCAAGUAUCCCAAAUAUUUUCUGUUAUCACUUUACCCAGGUCUGCUCUCAGCACAUUUGUACAGUAGUUUGUAGUUUAACACACAAACUAUGUGGCACACAUUCAAUAGCUCUCUGGCACACACACACACACACA